UGUAGCCUGAUUGGUUUAAACGGAGCACGACCGACAGAACAGAAACACAUGGGUACUAAAUUGUGGACCGUGGAUGCAAAUAAAGACAUUUUAAUCCAGAUUUAAAACACAUUUAUGUUGCGUUUAAAGUUUUGUUUGGCACUAAUGAUAACGUGUUAUUAACCAUUAAGAGAUGGAGACAGCAGCCUUUGUAGCUCCAGUUACAGCUCUGGAGUUCCUUCAGGAUGCAUUUCUACUGACAGGUGAGGGUCCAGUCUUGACGGUGUACGGUCUCCAACCUCGCCCUAAAGCCCGUGCCUCACUGAGUGUGCUCCAACGUGACAGAAUCCACGGGAUAAGACCGAGAAGUCUGACAGCUGUCCCAGCACAGAGCUCUGCCACAGGAACAUGUGGGAAGAAGGAAGAUGAACUGAGCUCCACCUCGGAGCCUAAGUUCUAUGACCUAGCUGUGUUUGGAGGCAAGGCUGUGAGGCUGGUGAGGCUCCAUGUGGAUUUCCAGGAUGUAGAGCAUCUGGACUUGGAGAUUCUGGGUCCCCUCAUGGAGCUACAGGACUGGGCUCUGGAUGUCCGCUGGCUCUCUGGAGACAAACACUCACUGCUCUGUGUGGCUGUUGCCCACAAUAGUGCUCUUCUCCUCGACCUCAUUACAGGAAAUACCCUUGUUCGGCGCUCCUGUCUGGAGGGGUGUCUGCUGUACUCUGCCCUCCUUUUGGUACAUGAUUCCUGGGCAGAUACCAUCUUGGUAGGAGGGACUGUUUUUAACCAACUGGUUCUCUGGAAGCCUGGGGGAGGAGAAGACAAAAGUAGUGGUUCUGAGCACAAAGCUCCAGUUGAGAGACGUCUGCUGGGCCACAGCGGUGUCAUUUUCAGCAUCUCUUACCUUCAGGAGAGAGGAUGGCUGGCUUCAGCCUCUGAUGACCGCAGUGUAAGGGUUUGGGGUGUUGGUGCUUUAGGGGGCCCUGGGGGGAAAUGUGGGGACCUGAACCCAGCUUGUUUAAGGGUCCUAUAUGGACACCAGGCUAGGGUAUUCUCGGUGCGUCUCUCCCCAGGGAAAGUGUUCAGUGCUGGUGAAGACGGAGCGUGUUUAGUCUGGGACUGGGCUGGAGGUGGCAAGGUGGUUCGGACGUUAAAGGGACACCGAGCAGGGGGGGUCCGUGCACUCGCAGUCAGUGAGGGAACAGGAGAUGAAGAGAGAUGGGUGGCUACAGGGGGGGCAGAUGGAGGGGUGAGGUUGUGGAGGGUGGAAGCGAGCGAGGAGGGGAAGGAGGGAAUGCAGGAAGAAGUUACAGAGAAGCUAACUGACCUGAAAUUUCCUGGUCAAGGCUUGCCUAAAGUUGUUUGUAUAGCAGGGGAUACAAAUGCCAGUUGGAGUCAGAGUAAGUUUGUGGUUUGCACUGACCAAGGAAUAGUUUACCAAUACAGCAAUGGGCAGUGGGAGAUGGUAUGGCAAGGGACUCCUGAGUUUCAAUCUUAUUGUGUCAUGGAAACAAUAAAUGUCAGUGUGAAAGACUCAACAGCAAAAGUUAACUUGUGUGCUGUGGGAAACCUCAGCGGGUCCAUACAGGUCUUCCCCAUCUCUCAUCCUCAGUGUGGGAUUCUUCUCACAGGACGAUCAGGGAAAAUCCAUACUCUUAUUUGGCAAGAGGCAAAAGAGGGCUUGUAUUUGCUAGCAUCAGGCGCUGAAGGACUUGCCUGUCGCUGGUGUCUAGAGGUAGAAUUAGAUGAAAACUCUGCCUUGGCUCUCAAUGUCAAUCCCCUUCCUUCUUUCCUCCUUCCCCCCUGCGCCAAACGCUGGCUGACAGCUGCGGUGCGUCUCCACUCCACGCCACAGGGAUUGCUGUGGGUGUGUGGGGACAGGAGAGGGUCCUUGCUUUUGUUUCAGGACGGAGGAAAGCUGGAGCAGAAGAUGGGAGAUAACAAAAGGAUAGAUGAAGGUUUGCUGACAGGCAGGAAACAAACUGAUAAUGAAGGGGUUGAAGCUGAGGGAGAUGGUAGUGGUGGAGACAGAAAAAGCAAAAUGACAGAGGAGAGGGAAAGAAAAGAAGUGGGUGACCUAACGCUGCACCCACUGAGCUGCCUGUUUGGGGUGCAUGGAAAACAGGGUGUAACUUCAGUGUGCGAAUACCAGGGACUGCUCUACAGCACUGGCAGGGAUGGUUGUGUGAGGGUCUUCAGAGUGCAUCAAACAGCACCAGAAAAAUCUGAAGGAAACGGUGUAGAAAACAAAGGAGGGCUUCAGCUGGAGGUUCUCAGAGUCCAGCGAGCAUGCAAGGGUAUGGAGUGGCUGGAGAGGGUUUUGAUUCUUGAGCCUGACAUUCCUGUGGAAGAGGGGGAGGAGGAGGAAGAGCUCGGAGGGGAAUGUGAGAACCACUAUGAGACAAAGAAACAAAAUUUGAAAGAAAAGCUGGACGUUACAGAGGAGAGAAAAGGGGAUGGGAGCUUUGGAGGAGGAGAAGAAGAAAAGACAGAGAAAAGGAGAAGAGAAGCCAGGUUUGCCAUCGUUGGCUUUCAUGCUGUCCACUUUGUGGUUUGGGACCCGGUGAGGCAGGAGAGGCUGUUAGCGGUGCCUUGUGGUGGGGGGCAUCGCUCUUGGAGUCUCUGGCCUUCCCACAAAGGGGUUUGGCCCGGAUAUGGAGCCCUGAUCUUCAUCAAGCAGGGGGCUGUCCUGGCUACGCAACCCCCUGGAGAGGGCCCGAGCUGGGCUGGGAAGGCAAGAAGGACUGGAGGAUGGGGCCUGAGAGAGGGCGUCCAUGGGAGGGGGAUCGGGUGUGUAUGCAGGCUGGGGAUGAUAAGGGGAAUUGGGAAUGAGAUUCAAACAAACAGUACUAAAGAUUUGACUGAAACUGAAAGAAGGAAUACACUCAAAGAUGAGGAAAAGGUGGUGGAGAGAGGGGAAGAGCAUUGGGAGAUAGUGGUGACGGGAGGAGAGGACACUAGCUUAACCGUCCUGGCGGUAUGUCCCAACUCCGGCAGCAUCAAAGUUCUCUCCGUUAUUACUGACCACAUCUCGAGCGUCCGGACAGUGACAGCAGUAACGCGCCCAGAGGGAGGGAGUGAAAACCAGACGCAGUCUCUCUCUGCCCUGCUCGUGUCAGCUGGCGGGCGAGCUCAGAUGCAGUGUUACCGGCUGUUAAUCGGCUGGGACAGCCAGAGACUGGUUCCCGCCUGCCAGGUGAUCCAGGUGGCCAGUCACAGAUUGGACAAACAGUGGGAGAGGAGGCGGAACAGACACAAGACGGUGAAAAUGGACCCAGAAACAAGGUACAUGUCUGUAGUGGCGGUGGAUGAGAAGACAGACUGUGUUCUUCUGGCUCUGGCUUGUAGUGACGGAGCUCUCAGAUUGUUCUCAGUCAGUGAAGUGAAGCGUCAAAUUGAUUUGUUGUGGGAGACGUAUUACCACCAGCGCUGUGUGCUCAGUGUUGCCGCUUGCAGCCUGGAGGAUGGAAAAGGCAACAGGUAUAAGCUGCUGUUCAGUGCUGCAACAGAUGGCAAAAUUGCAGUGUGGGAUUUGACUUCCUUAUCGACCGAUUCUUCAAGCCGUGCUCCGACUCCACCAAUCCCCUGCCUCGACAUUCACGCCCACCAGAGCGGCGUCAACUCAUUGGGUGUUUGGGCACAGAAACUGGGACAACAAGAGGGCGGUUGCCUGGUAACUGUUGCUAGCGGAGGAGAUGAUGGGCAGCUGACAGUGUCCACGAUUAGGGUGCAGUACCAUGAUGAAGAUGGAAAAGAUGGAAAGACUGGGGGCAGCAGAGGGUUUUCUCAGAUUUCUGAGCCCCUGAUUUCUCUACAAUCCCAGUUCCAACCCCCAAACCAGCUACAGCUUCAUCUCCAGUCCCAGUCCCACAUCCUGCUGGCUCACGCCGCCCCUCUGACCGCCCUGAAGGUCCUGAGCCCAGGCCUCGUGGUCUCCACUUCUUCAGAUCAGAGGGUUUGCCUGUGGAGGGUCGGCAGUACCGGUAUCAGCCACAUCGGGGCACUGUGCUCCCAUGUUGCAGAUGCUGCAGGACUCGCAGUGUGGGAAGGGCAGACGAUAGAGGAGGAGGAGGGAUAUAAAAAGAGGAAAACAAGGUGUGAGUCUGAGCAGGAGAUUGCAAUUUGGAGCGGGAAAGGGAGUCCGACAGGGUUAAAAACGAUGUGUAAGACAGCAGCACAGUUCAAUAAGGAUAAGGAAACGGCUGAUGAGGCCAAGGAUGGCGAAUCUGUUGAAGGCGCGAGCAAGACGGGUGACACCGUUUGUCAAACUGGUGAUGAGAAGGGAGGCGAGACAGCUGGUGAAUGUAGAAAUCCAACAGAGACUGGCAGCAUGGGUGAGACAGAGAGUGAGGUGAACACUGAGAUGGGUUUCAAGGCUUCCUGUGAGAGCAAGAAAAAGAGAGAAAACAUGGGAUGGGUGCUGGUCUGCGGCCAGGGCUUCCAGCUACUACGAGUUACAAAUACAGAAAAGAUUAAAGGAGAAAGUGAAUCACAGAGUUAAAUGGUCUUUACAGAGUAAACACAAGUGCAAUCAAAAGAUAGCAGUGGUCCAAACAAUUACUUUCUCAAUGGACACAUUCUUUUUAAAUGACUGAUGAACUAUUUGUAAUUGUAAUUGAUUUCAGAUUAAUGUUACUUUGCUAAUUACAUUUUUAAUAAAGUUUAUUUAUUCUCCA